AGUUUCUGCGAGGAUAGAGUCCUGCUGUACCAUUCAGGGUGAAGCGACAUUUUCAGGCUGAUUUGUAAUAUUUAAUAAGACACCAUGUCAAAGGGACCAGCAGUUGGCAUUGACCUGGGCACCACCUACUCCUGUGUGGGUGUGUUUCAGCAUGGCAAAGUGGAGAUCAUAGCCAACGACCAGGGAAACAGGACCACACCCAGUUAUGUCGCCUUCACAGACACAGAAAGGCUGAUUGGGGACGCAGCCAAGAACCAAGUGGCCAUGAACCCCACAAACACAGUGUUUGAUGCUAAGCGGCUGAUAGGGCGGAAGUUUGACGACAGUGUCGUCCAGGCAGACAUGAAACACUGGCCGUUUACAGUGAUCAACGACUCGACACGGCCCAAGGUCCAAGUGGAGUACAAGGGAGGACAUAGAGCGCAUGGUCCAGGAGGCUGAACAGUACAAAGCUGCGGACGAUGUCCAGAGGGACAAGGUGGCGUCCAAGAAUGGCCUGGAGUCAUACGCCUUCAACAUGAAGUCCACCGUGGAGGACGAGAAGCUCAAGGGCAAGCUCAGCGACGAGGACAAACAGAAGAUCCUGGACAAAUGCAAUGAGGUCAUCAGCUGGCUGGACAAGAACCAGUCUGCAGAGAAGGAGGAGUUUGAGCACCACCAGAAGGAGCUGGAGAAGGUCUGUAACCCCAUCAUCACCAAGCUGUACCAGGGUGCUGGGGGGGAUGCCUGGAGGGAUGCCUGGAGGGAUGCCUGGGGGGAUGCCUGGAGGGAUGCCCGGGGCUGGUGGUGCCGCACCCGGAGGAGGUGGAUCCUCUGGACCAACAAUUGAGGAAGUCGACUAAACCAUUUAGUAUUAUUUUACUCUUGAUUGGAUAUGGCUAAAUAGUGGUCCACAUUCUAUGGCUUGGAAUGGGUUGAACCUUUAUUUUCCGAAUCUGCAUUGACUACUUGUUGUUUAUUUUGGUCAUUCAUCAUUUUAUGCUGAAAGCAACCAUGGAUUGAGUCUUUUUCAUGGGCACUGUUCUACCUAUUGUUAAACGUUUUCAGUUUAGCCAGUGAAUGGUUACUAUACAGAGCAUGUUUUUCACAAGUCGCAUUCUGUGACUCCAAAAUGUUUUUGCCUUUGCACUGCGUUCUUGGCUAAAGGUAACUCUUAAAAAAUAAAAUCUCUUGAAUUC